AGUCUUUGCCUGAUUCCUUUAAAAUCUCUCUUUAUUUUCUUAGGUUACAUUACAAAACCCCCACAUCAUCUGGAAGAGGAGAUUUCCAGCGAGCUGCGCUGAGAGGAUGCACUGGGAAGCGCAGGGGAAUGAAGACCUCCUUAAGAGAGAGGAGCUCCUGCCCGACAGCCAGCUGAGGGUUAACAAAAUGAACAGCUCUUGUGCGGGCAGAGUAUGUUCUUGGCAGUGAGCGGUGGUCUGUGUUACAGUAUGUGAGAGCAGGAGUGUGGAGCAGCUCAUUUCCAUUCACCAGCUGGCAGGUUGCGCUGAAAUCUCAGGAUCCAGUGUCUGGCUGCAGCGAAGCAUCCCCCUCCUCGCCACUCCAAACCUCAUCUCUUCCUCUGGAUGGGGGUCCUCUCCUCUUCGCGGAGCGGGAUUUGACUCGGGGAUGCUGCCGUGAGGAGUUCACAUCUGCAGCUUUGACAGGACUUCCCCCGACUGUCUGAAUGAAUGAAUGCCUUUCAGAGCAGAACCAGCUCCACGUUGCUCUCGGUCUCCCAAGACUGUUUUCCAGCACAGCUCCGGAGGAGUGUUCACUGAGCCACGACUGGGCAAAGAGCAGAGAAAACAGCAGAAUGAAAAAAGCCAAGAGAACCCAGCGGGUUGUCAGCAGUCCUCGUAGCAGAGGCUAAACUCACUGCCCUGAAAGAGACCAGGCAGGAGAGGAAGUUGCUUCUCAGUGAGAAAGGAGGAGAAAACAAAAGAGAAACUUUGAAACUGGCAUCCCCCCCUGCACCCACGUUAAAUGAAAGCACCGAGAAACAUGAGAUUUCCUUGUCGAGGGGUGGGAACAUGCUGAACUGGGGAGGAGUGGAGAAGGGCAGCUUUUAGCUUGUGGUUUGGUUUAUAGUGAGAUCUGAGAGAUAGCACAGAGGUGGGAGGGGAAGGUGAAAGGGGAUCUGAUGCCUGCUGCCAAUAUGACAGAGACCCUCCAGCUCCCGGCAUUGCAGGUCCCAGAGCAACAGGUGCCAGAGUGCAGCCGGGCCUGGUCCAGUUCGUCCACCCCCACCCUACGCAGGAGGCGCUUCAAGAUGAGACGGAUGAAGAACGUGCAAGAGCAGAGCCUGGAGGCCGGCGGGUACCAGGACUCUCCUUCCCCCAACAAAGAGUUUCUGCAACUCCCAUCCAUAGAAAUCACCCCAUCCAGUGACGAGGACACCCCAUGGUCGAACUGCUCUACGCCCAGCGCCUCCCCGCGGCGCAAGCGCGUCCUGCUGCGGAAGUGGCUGCGCGUGAGAGAGAAGAAGGAAUACAGUGAAAGCAGUAGCCAGCAGAGUAGCCAGCAAAGCAGCCAUGAUGACGAUGCAGCCCGAUUCCUGAGUCCCCGAAUGCGGGACGAAAGCACUGCCAGUAACUCGAACCGCAGCACGCCUGCCUGCUCCCCCAUCCUGCGCAAACGUUCCCGGUCUCCAACCCCACAGGACUCCCAAGGAGACGCCAUGGUGGAGAAAGGCUCAGACCACUCUUCAGACAAAUCCCCUUCCACUCCGGAGCAGUGUGUGCAGCGCAGCUAUUCUGCUCAGUCGGGCCGCAGUGGGGCCAAGAACUCCAAGAAAAGCCAGAGUUGGUAUAAUCAUGAGAGACAGCACAUCCGGAGAGUGUUGAGUCCGACGUAUAAACAACGUAACGAAGACUUCAGGAAACUCUUCAAACAGCUUCCCGACACCGAGCGCCUCAUAGUCGAUUACUCAUGUGCGCUUCAAAGAGACAUUCUCCUGCAGGGCCGCCUCUACCUCUCCGAAAACUGGAUCUGUUUCUACAGCAACAUCUUCCGCUGGGAAACACUGCUGACAGUCCGUUUGAAGGAUAUCUGCUCCAUGACCAAGGAAAAAACUGCACGGCUCAUUCCUAACGCCAUCCAAGUUUGCACUGACACUGAAAAGCACUUUUUCACUUCCUUCGGUGCCCGAGAUAGGACGUACAUGAUGAUGUUCAGACUCUGGCAGAAUGCUCUCCUCGAAAAGCCCCUGUGUCCAAAGGAGCUCUGGCACUUCGUCCACCAAUGUUACGGGAAUGAACUGGGGCUGACCAGCGAUGAUGAAGACUACGUGCCUCCUGAUGAUGAUUUCAACACUAUGGGCUACUGUGAGGAGAUCCCUGUAGAAGAAAAUGAAGUGAAUGACAGCUCCUCCAAGAGCAGCAUGGAGGCCAAACCUGAAGCUAGUCCUCUGCUGCCCAAGAAGUCCAUCACCGCCUGCACGUUGACGUCCACAGGGAGCAGUGAAGCGCCAACUUCAUUUGACGGGAUGCUUCCGGAGGAGGAGGAGUUGGUGGAGAGUCCCCUUGAGAAGGAACUCACCCUUGAAAACAUCAUUGGAGACAAGAUCGAGAUCAUCACCCCGGUGAACUCCCCUUCCCUGGACUUCAACGACAACGAGGACAUUCCAACGGAGCUCAGCGACUCGUCAGAGACCCAUGAUGAAGGGGAAGUUCAGGCCUUUUACGAGGAUCUGAAUGGCCGGCAGUACAUGAAUGAGGUGUUCAGUUUCAGCGUGGACAAACUGUAUGACCUGCUCUUCACUGACUCCCAGUUCCAGAGGGAUUUCAUGGAACAACGUCGGUUCUCUGAGAUUAUCUUUCAUCCGUGGAAGAAGGAAGAAAAUGGCAAUCAGAGCAGAGCAAUCCUGUACACAAUCACCCUCACCAAUCCUCUCGCCCCGAAAACUGCUACUGUCACUGAGACUCAGACAAUGUACAAAGCCAGCCAAGAAAGCGAGUGCUACGUGAUAGACGCAGAGGUGCUAACUCACGACGUCCCCUACCAUGAUUAUUUCUACACCAUUAACCGCUACACGUUGACUCGUGUCGCCAGAAACAAAAGCCGACUCAGGGUUUCUACAGAGCUACGUUACAGGAAGCAGCCGUGGGGGCUUGUGAAAUCCUUCAUCGAGAAAAACUUCUGGAGUGGCCUAGAAGAUUAUUUCCGUCAUUUAGAGAGUGAACUGACCAAAACCGAGAGCAUGUACCUAGCGGAGAUCCACAGACAAUCCCCCAAAGAGAAGAUAAGCAAGCAAUCCACAUUGCGCCGAAGGAAACGGCCCCACGCCCACCUGCGGGUGCCACACCUGGAGGAGGUGCUGAGUCCUGUCACCACCCCCACAGAUGAGGAGGUUGUGCAUCGCAUCAAGCACGUGGCAGGUUCCACGCAGACGCGGCACGUCCCUGAGGACAGUCCCAGUGGCUUCCAUCUGCAGAGCGUCUCCAAGCUGCUGGUCGUUAUCAGCUGUGUUCUGGUGCUGUUGGUAAUUCUCAAUAUGAUGCUGUUCUACAAACUUUGGAUGUUGGAAUACACCACCCAGACCCUCACCGCAUGGCAGGGCCUGCGGCUACCGGAAAGGUUACCCCAGUCUCAGUCGGAGUGGGCUCGGUUGCUAGAGUCCCAGCAGAAGUAUCAUGACACAGAGCUGCAGAAGUGGCGUGAGAUCAUCAAAUCCUCCGUGAUGCUUCUAGACCAGAUGAAGGAUUCACUAGUAAACCUGCAGAAUGGCAUCGGGUCGCGUGACUACGGGUCGGAACCAGAGGAGAAACGGAAACGUUUCCACUAACAGAGGCGAACACAGGAGGCCAGAGGAUUGUGUGCAAUAUGUGAGCUCCGACCUUUAACUCUCUUCUGUUUGAGGACACUUCGCUAAUUUCAGGGAGUAUCCGUCUCCCAGGGAUGCUCUCCUGUGGUUGUUGCAAGACACUAGUUGAUAGAGGUUAUUUCCAUGAUAAGCAAACACUAUCUACUGUGUAAGUUAACAGAGCAAGGCUAAUAGAGACAGCUAGAACUCUGACAAAUAGUUGCCAAAUAAAACAAACAUCACUUCUUGGAAUUGUUGCAGUUUAUAGCAGGGAAUCCCAAGGUAGCAGUGAUACAGCCUGAGGGCAUGGCUAUUCAGGAUUAGUGUGCGGCAAGCUGGGCCGUAAAUCUACAUCCCAUUAGCUUGCCGCUGGCUAACUGGCUGUGUGAAACCUGCUAUGUGCUAAAUGUUCUGCAGCAGGUCAAAGCACACUAUGGAACUUGUAUGCAGCAGGGUGUGCAUGGCAAGCUAGUGCGUGUAGAUUUGCUGCCCACUAAUUCUCUGCAUGCUGAGUGCUGAUGUACAUUUUUUUGCAGCUCUAAGCUGCUAUGAACCUUCUACUUCUCCAUAUCCUUGUCCUAUGUUUGCAACAGCAGCCUACAGUCCAGGGCAGCAUGGAGAGCAAGCAUUUGAAUGGUAAAUAGCAAGCAUUGGGGUGGAGCAGGAUGAUAUUUUUAAUAAUUAAAGUGACUGUUCAGGCUUUAUCAAAAGGGUUAGCACAAUGCUAAAAUGACCUUGCUGAUGGCCACGUGUGUCAGGGUAAUGUGACAUACCCCUCAAUGCUGCAGUGUCGAAUUAGCAAAUUUUGCAAAGGAAUAUGGUGAGGGUAAUAAAUGAUACUAGUAUUUACAAGGCCACUGGAUGAGAGUGGGGGCAAAACUUAGGAAGGAGCAGUGCCACCCACACCCCAACCCCUUUUCCUCAGCAUGCUUCAAAGGAGAAUCCUUUAGCAAAUGGAGUCAUGAUGCUGAAGUCAAGGCUGUGCAAUGUCCAAGGCAAGUGGAAGAGAAUUUACACUUUCCCUUAUUUCCUCCUGGUGCUGUAGAGUUUUCCCAAACCUGGCUGGAGUGACUUGGUCCUUCCAACUUCAGAGUUCCUGCAAGGAACAGAAGCCCACCCACCCCCACACCUUGUGAUUAAUGCUUCCUUAGCAGAGGGAUGGUCUUGUAUACCAUGAUAAGUGAGGUUACUUCUGCUCACAGCACCUGAGAGGCUGCAUAGACAGCUGCAUUGUUAAAAAUGCAACAGUGCAUACAAUCAAACACAGAGAUGGGGCCUAGAGUUCUAAACUUUGGCUCUGAGCCCUGUGUGAAAAUAGAAAUACUGCAGCAUCUUUUGGAAAUAGCAAGGGGGAACAACAUUUACAACACACUUCUGAAAUAGCAACAGGUUUGUUUUUGUUUUAAUUGGGGAGAGAUGGUCAGGGUAGCAUAUACUACACCCAAUGAGCAACCAGAGCCAGACCUCAGUUCCCUGGUGACCUAGGGUGCAUUAGAAGAAUGCCUACAAAAUGCAAAGGGCUGGACUAUGGAUAGCAGUAAAGGAAGACUGGUUCAGCACUAGUAUGGGACUCUGGAUUAACUGGCUGAAACUUGGGGAUUUUGUUACUGACAAAUUUGCUUUCUUUCUGACUGAGAAGCCAAACAGAUGUACCAGACUUUCCCCAGCAAAUUGGAGAUUCCUGAAAAUUGUGUUUCAGAAACACCAAAAUACGGUGUUCCUGAAAGGAAAUGCAAAAGUGUCCAGAAUUUCAAUUUCACUUAGCAGCAGCGAUCCCAAUGCUGCCACCCCCGAGGCCCAGCUUCAACUAGGUUUCAUUGAAAAAUGGCUGAGCAGCUCUACAGUGGAGAAACUGGGUUCAAUUCCCUGCUUUACUAUGGACUGUGUGUGACACUUGAGCAAGUCUUUCUGCCUCAGUUUCCCCAUCUGUAACAUGAGGAUAAUAGCCCUGUCCUGCUUCACUGAGGUGUGUGUGAGGAGAAAUAUAUUAAGUGCUCAGCUACUGUGGGGCACAUCAGUGUCUGAUAAAUACAUUCCUGGCAGAACAAUGCUACAGCACAGCCAGAUCUUUUGCUAUUAAGCUUUUAAAAAAAAUCUUAAUGCACCCACAAUCUGUACAUGCUUAACUGCUUCCAGAGCCAUGGUGGAAGUGUUGGACCCAAAGCAAGCUUGGGAUACAUAGACCCCUCCCCCAUUUCUCCAAGCCUUUUGUCAGGAUAACAUAACCGCCCCAUUUUCCUGCACCUCUCCCCAGUGGUUUUAGGGUGCCCCACAAGUCAGGGAGCAGAAUCAGCCACAUGUGCACAACGCUCUAGCCACACCCUUGUUUUGUAUCAAGCUUGCGUACCUUAUUGCAGGUCAUGGCCCAUCUACUCUUGGCUACUCCUCCACGGGCACAGCACAGUUUUCCUUGUUUUCCGACGGAAUGGCAAGGUAGUCAGUCCUACAGAUCGAAGGAGAGCGCUCACCACAGGUAAAAAGAACCCCGGGUGGGUGCUAGCUGCGAGCAUAAGCUGAGAUGCUUCAAGGGAAAGACCAGUUGAGAGUUGCUAUCCUUUGAAAGUCCUUAUUUUUGGAGGCACCGAGCGCCUGUAACUUGGCACCUCUGACAUGUCAGCCCUUAACUGAGUAAAGCGCAGGGUGACUCACUGCGGAGAACGCCCCUUCCGAAAAGGUUUUCGGUGUGCUCCUUUCUCAAGGGCAGGUGCAGAGUUUGACCCAGGAUAAAAUCAUAAGAAUAUUUUCUCCCCACUCCACACAAAGGGCCUUGUUAUCGGAUGUACAAAGGAGGGACACAUACAGCAUGGGAAUAAUCUCCAGCUGUCACACUGGAACGGUCUUUGCCUCAGUCUUUAAAAACAGCGUGUGAUGCUUAUGAUCAGGAGUUAGGCAAAUUGCAGGCAGGUCCUGGGAAAGUGUCUCCUACACCGUUCUGACAAGGUGCCUUCCAAUACCCCAGUUAUGGGGCACUGCACAGCUUGGCCAACAUGCCUUCACUCUGAGUUGUAACUGUCCCUUGCUAACCUAGUGUAUAGCCUCUCUCAGGAGAGAUUCAAUCCUGCUACAUUUCACAAGGAUUCUGAGAUGCAGCAAGAGAAAUGAAUACAAGAUCAAAAUGCUUUUAAUGGUGGCCAGAUCCCCUGGUGAACCCUCUGAACCACACCCCACUUUUUUCUGCUGCAGGUGAGAAGCUCUGUAGGAUUUUUACUUACGCAUUUUCCUGUACAGUCUCCUCUGCUUUGGAGACCUUCCUGUAGCAAUAGACCAUUUCUAUCAGCAGCCACAAGGUGAGGAAAACCAGGAGAAUAUACAUCAUAAUUUCAGAGAUGACAGAUGUGAAAUCUUCUCCAGCUGUUGGGGAAACAAUUAAAAUAAAUCACUGAUCUCUUAGAGGAUGGUGCAGUACAAAAUUGGUUCUCAAAGAACCAGCCCUCUCCUGUUUUCAACCAGAUAGAGUUACCUGCAAGAAUGAGCAACAGAAGAUACAGGACUGUAGGCUUAGGUACCUCUCUUAUUGGAACUAAGGCCAGCAGGCCGAGUGCGCUGCAGAAAAUGGGGGCAGGGUCUCAACUGCCAUUUGAGCGAGUAGCUGUGAAGAAGCUUAGGAGGCGGUAGCUAAAUGAAGAACAGAGCCUGGCAACAUAGCUGCAUGUCACCUUGAACUGCAGCACCUGAGCAGCGGUCUUCUGCUCCUCUCCCCAAACCAGCUGCCGGAAGUGGAGGAAGAAGCUCAACCUGGUCUGAGAGGGGCAGGGUUUGGCUAUGGGGAGACUUCCAUCAGCUGUUCCACCCUGCACGCUCGUGGAAAUAAAAUAUACAUGUACUCAAGUUUGCUACUAGUUCCAGUUAUGUUCUCCUCAGAGCAAACAUAUGCAUGUAAGCACACACGCACCCCCGCCCACACCCCAAUUUUAACCGAUCUUAUCCUGGAUGCUGAUUUGUUUUCAUGGUGCUUUCUUUUUCUAACCCCUGAUGCAUUGCUAGAUAUCCUGUGCAGCAAUGAGGUAGGGUGACCAAUUGUCCUGAUUUUAUAGGGACAGUCCUGAUUUCUGGGUCUUUUUAUAGCCUUCUAUUACCCCCUACCCCCAUCCCGAUUUUUCACACUUGCUGUCUGGUCAUCCCUACAAUGAGGUGACUAUCAGAAAUGAAUACAGAAUCAAAAUGCUUUUAAUGGUGGCCAAGAAAUAGCAGGACUUGGAGGAGAGAAGGGAAAGAGAUUCACACACAGGACAGAUAUGGUGUGGAAACCCUGGCCCACUGAAAUCAGUGACACCACUCCUACUGACUUAGUAUGGCCAGCAUUUCACUGAUUGAGGGGGAAGGAGAAAUGCACGUGAAGAAAAGAGGAAUUGCACAGCUGGAAGCAGGAAAGAAACAGAGGGAGAUGGAGAGAGAUCACACCCAGUGGGGGAGGGAAGAAAAGAGAAGGGGUGGAGGGAAGCCAUCACCCGUUCAUCAACUACACUGCUGCUGCUCCCUGCGAGAACGGUGUACUGAGAGCCACUAGGGAGUAGUGUGUGCACUGAGCUGAAAAACAGGAAGCCCAUUGCACUUCCUGCUUGGUACAGCAUGCUUCUCUGGUUGUUCCCCUGCCCAGGAGCUGCUGGAUGAGGCCAGGACACACUUCUGAGCUCUGAAACUGGGACUACGCCCAGCACAAGAGGUGCAGGGUUUCAUAUUGGAGCCCGUGUCAGACUCGUAAGAAAGUGUGGCUGGGGAAAUAGAAGCAUCUGCAAAUGACCUAUUCCUUGGCAGCUUCCCCACCCCUCACCAGGGAUACCACUGAAAAGAGCAUUGUCUGGUUUGCAAUAGACUUGGCCCUUGGCAAGGCAGGUCACACCCAAUGGUUCAAAGUAUUUCCACCAGUCCUCCGUACCCUCCUCUACCACAGUGAGAUGGAUCAAUCUGGAGCUUGUGAAGAGUGGGCGAUGAAUCUCAAAGUCAAACUCCCGGGUGACGUUACAGGUGUAGAUCCCCGAAUCAUUCAAGGUCACAUUUAAUACAGUGAUGGACACGUCCUGCAUGUCUUUGCUCCCGUUCCACUGUAGCCGGCCACUGAAGCGGCUUGGAAAUUCAUGGUAUACUUUUCUGUAUUCACAGAUCUGUAGAGAAAUGGGGGGGAAGGAACAGUCACCUAUCGAUUUGUGGAUGCAUCCUACUCCCCACCCUGGGAUUCCCCUCUAGCUAGGAACAGUUCCCAGCUACCAGGUGGUUUAGAGUUUCUCUUCCUGAAGCAUCAGGUGUUAAUACUUCUAGAGAUCUCCAGAUGAAGAGCACUAAAAACACUUUACAAAGACAGCAAAUAGAAUUAUUUCCAUUAUACAGGUAGGGAAAAUGAGGCACCGAUAGGCAAAGUGACUUGUCCAAGAUGAAAGCAGGUCCAAGGUAGAGGCAGGAAUAGAACCCUUGUCUCCCAGGCUAGUGCUUAAGUCCAUUGGAUCAUGCUACCACAUUAAAUACAAACAAUUGUUUGUAAGCACUGGAAAUUGUGGUCCAAACAAAGGUAUUGCAAGAGAAAACUGAAAGUGUGAUGAUAAAUAUAAUGGCUUAUUUACACAGGGGGACAAAGCUCCAAGCCUGUAUUGGUGGGUCCCACGCUUCCAGGCAGAUUCAGUGGCCUCAGAAGCUCACUAAGGCCUCCCUUUCUCAGUACAGUUUCUUGAGCUACUUUCAUCACAGGACAGUAUAGGAGGUGGAAUACCCACAGUCUCUGUUGCUCCUUAGAGCUCAGGAGGCACAGCUUGGCCUCCUGCCUGGAGGAAAGUCUGCUUCCCUUCUCAAGGGAAUCUCUGUAGAGCAUGGGGGGAAGGAGGGAACCACCCUCUACUCCAGGUUCUAGCCCUAGGACCCUAAUGGUAGCAGCUGUUGGCCGCUUUACCUUCACCACUGACGCUGCUUUGAUUCUCUGGGCCAUUUCCUAGUAGUCCCCUUUUCCUAGCUUCACCCUUGCCUCAGGAUUCAGCAAUGUUUCCUCUCCUUUUACCUGGGCUUCUCUAGAGAAGAGUGCGAAAGGAGAGCUUUUAAGCAGUAUGAGUGGGACCUUAAUUGGUUCCAGCUGUCUCCAUUAGCCUAACAGCCUUAAUUGAGGUCAGGUGCCAGCAUUAGCCUAAUGACCUUAACUGGUUAAAUUGGCAUCAGGUGUCUUGAUUGGCCUGGAAUAGCCUUUGUUUGGCUAUCUAGAAACAGGGACCUGCUCAUUCUGAGGCUGAGAUACCUGCUUUCAACUACUCUCUUAUAUCUUUCUGGUCUGAGUCCAUCACAACAGCCAUGAGCAUUGGAGUCCUGAUUUUCACCCUGUGCUGAACUGGGCCUCCCUUUCUGCAAGUUCAGCUUUAUGAGUGUAAGUUGUUCUACACUUGAGGUCAUGAAUGGGUGUAUCCAUAGAGCAGGUCCUUCUGUGUCUAAAUGUCCUAACUUGUGCCCAUGAAUAAUUGCAGAUGCAAAUCUCUCCCCACUACUAUUUGCACCCACAAAUUGCAGGUGCAAGAAGGGAGGCAAGUGUUUAAAAAUCAGAUUCACCCCCUCUACUGACAGGCAUAUGGGCUCCCUAUUGGAAGCUCAGAUGAGAAGCACCGAACGGUGGCUUAGGAGGUUGGUGACAGCAUGUGGACCCUCUUGUCAGUUCCUAGUGGGUAACAGUCCAUACCAUUAAAACACCCCCUGAGUCACUCAUUAGCAUGCUCAGCAGAUAAGCCAAUCCUGAAUUCCCUUCUCAUCCUUCCAAGUGGUCCCUCCAGAUCAGAGCUCAAAACAGUGAGGACGUAUCUGGAACUCACCAUUGCCACUAGCUUUGUUUUCUAGAUGAAACAAAGACUUUGCACAUAUGAAAAUAUGCAAGAACUGCAUAUAGUCAGGCCUCCAAGUACUCAGGACUAAGAAACCUGUUGCUUCUUUUCCUUCAAAUCCACAUCCCUCUAUUUUAACUCAUUUAGAAGGACAGUUCCAACAUCCCCCCAGACAGCCUUCAAAAGAGCACACAGAGAUAGUGUAACCAUGCUUCUUGAAUCAGAUGAUGGAGUAACUUUCAUAGGGAUAUCACUGUGCCAUCAUCAUUAAAACAGCAGGUGACAGAGCUAUGUAGCGCUAAAGCCUGGCCUCGGGGAAUUCAAUGGCUAUAAUUCCGUGGACUUCAAUAGGAUGAGAUUUGACUCUUAGAGAACAAUCGUUGGGCAUGAAGGCGAGAUCUCGGGGUUAAAUUCUGAUGUCAGGAAUUGGGACUCCUAAAUUCUAUUCUUGGUUCUGACAUGGCUUUCAUAUGCCUCCAACUGUAUAUCUAGACUGUUCAGCCAACUAACUGGCACAUCAUAAUGGGUAACAAGAUGUGGCAGUCCAUCCUCCAAUAUUCUAAUUGUGCACUCUCCACCCACGUUUGACUGUUUGCAUCGCUACCCUGCAGUCACACUGUGAAGUUUGAGCGAAGCCAAAUUACUGUAUUGUGGCUGUUCCUCUCGCAGUCUCAGCCAGCGGUCUGUUAAAUCUAGUCUAGGAUCUGGGUUCUGGGGGAAACACAUCAGCUGCCUUCUCCUGUAAGUAGCAUAAAGCAAAACAAAAUUAGGCAAAAUGCACAAUGCAAGCUUGCACUCUGCCACUGACCAACUCUGUAACUUUGGGCAAGUCAGUUCACGUUUCAGUGCCCGUUUCCCUCUCACCCUUCAGCUGCCUUGUCUAUUUAGGCUGUAAAUUCUUUGGGAAAGGGCCUGUCUCUUACUAUGUGUAUGUACAGCACCUCACACAAGGUGGUCUUGCGCUCCAUUGGGCCUUCUGAGUGCUGCUGCAUGACACAUAAUCAACUCAAUUUAUGGAUCAGUGAUAUUAGGAGGAGACAGUUACGAGACAAUGUUUGCAAAGUGCUUUGCUAUCUCUGGCUGAAAUGUGCCAUAUAAAUGAAAACACUGUAGUGCAAGGGUGGGGUUAAAUAACUGAAGGAGCAUUGUCAUUUUCAGUAUUGUGUGAGUGGCCUCUGGACAUUUCUGUCUUCCUCAAAUCAAACUUCAGAUGUGACACACAACCCAAAUUACACUUGUUUUUCUUAUCUUCCUUGUGUGACCUUCACCAAAACUGUACCACAGAACCCAAGUUAAUGUUUUCCCCAGGCCUUUUUACCUCACUCCCCCCAUACAUUCCCUGGACAUUUCCCAUAUACUAAGGGGUAUGGUAGCAAUGAAUUAGGUUAGCAAAUAUACAUACCAGCUCAUCUUUCCCCGCUUCAGUCUUGUAGAACCAUUCCACCACGGUGCUUGCAGAAACCUCUUCUCUCUUCAUGCAGGAGAUACAGAGCAGCUUCAUGUGACUUCCUUGGACAGCCUCCGUCUCUGAUGGGACUUCCACACAGACUGGAGAACAGACGCCAACUGAAGACCAUGGGGGCAGAAUAGCAGCAGAUGGAGAAAAACACCGGGAUAGAGAUGGAGAAAAACAAAUGAUCUGUUAUUCAGGUCUCUUCUUACUAUAGACCUCAUAAUAAACCUCAGUGGAAAA